AUGAGAAAGCUGGAUGUUGAUCCUAAAGCAAAACCAAAAGGUCAGCAAAAACAAAAGCCAGAGUCUGCCAAAGAUACUUCUGCAAAAUCUUCUGAAAAAUCUGAUGUUGGAAAGAAAAAGGGAAUUGAUGAGACCCUUAAUAUUCAAACAGAUGAAGAGAUUUUGGCAAAGCAGAAGAGAAAAGAAACAGCAGAUAGCAAGGCAAAGGUUUGGAAGAAAGAACAGGAGGAUAAGAUGAAAAUAGAAAAUAUUGGUACUUCUAAUAGAAGAAAAUCUUUUAGAAACAACAGACCACCAAUUCCCACAUAUCCUAAAACAUCUGCUGCUUCUAAAAAGCCUCUAACUACUGCUGCAACCAAACCCAAACCCAAACCCAAACCCUCACCUCAAAAACAACCACAAAAGAAGCAGAAAACAGCUUCUCCACCACCAUCUUCCACAAAACCAAUAGAUGUUGAUGCCACAAAAGCAUCAGCAGAUGUUAGGCCAUCAGUUGUUGAGACACCAAUGGUUUCAACAGCUGUUAGCCAAACCACGGCCUCCAUUCAUUUUGUCACACCAACACCCCAAAGAUUCCCUUCACAAUUAUCUUUCUCACCUAAACCACCUUCUCCAUCAAAAACUCCUCCACCUCCCAAAUUUGCCUAUGCACGCAAAAGAAAAUUCGUUAUGCUAGAUGAUAAUAAGGAGAUUCCAUCACCAAUUCCCUUAUCAUCUGCUCCCACUCAAAUCAUUCCGCCCUCAUCAUCUCCACAAACAAACCCACUUAAUCAUCCACCCACUGGUUACAUGCUACGUGUCAUCCCUUUGGCAACUCAAUAUCCUCUGGAACUGCUUGCAGUCCAAUCUGAAAUGGAAUCAUUUUAUAAAAUAGAGGAUCUAUCCAAAAAAACCUUCCCAUCUUUAUUUGGCUUCAGAAAACCUCAGAAUCUGGAUGAAUAUUUAAAGUUGAAAGCUAAGCAAGCAGAGGUUAUAGUCAAAGAAGAGAGUAAAGGGUUAGGGGACAGGGGAUACCAAGGUCUACUACAACAUGGGCUUAGCAAAGUCAAAAAACUUGAAGACUUUGCUAAAGACCUCAGUAAAUCCAUGUCAGAGUUACCACCAAAUACUGGACUUCAAGAGGAAUUAAGGGUUGACUAUUUAGACCACAUCAUGAAGUACAAGCCCUACAAAGUUAACAGAGUCCAAUUCAGAGAUUGGUCUGUAGAUGCUCUCAAAGAAGAAAUUGAUAGAAUUGCAAAGAUGAACAAUGAUCCUCAGAUCAAGAAAAUUGCACCAAAUUGGAAGAAAUCCAAGCAGGAUGAUUAA